CUCCAUAUAUUUCCACACGGCUCGUGAGAAAGGUCCAAGUGCAUUCACACGGCCUCUUCUUAUGAGUAAUGUGGAUCGUGGAAUGUGGAUGUUUGAACUUGAACUAUAAAUCUCACAUAAGCAUGAACCAUCAAUUUCAUCUGCAUCAUGAUUCGUCCAAGGUGGACAAUCUGGCCUGGGACGAUGUAAUCUAGCCAGUUUGUGCAACCAAAGAUUGGCGAUUGAGGCCAGCAUUUCGUCGUUGUUAAUUGGCGUUAAUUGGGCAAAGCAUGUAUAAGCUGCUCGCACAAACAAAUUCUAAAGCAGAAAUUCCUGAUUAUCUUUUUGAGAGCCCUUCAGCAGCUUCUUGCCCCUCGGAGUUUCUUUCUGAUGCAGUGUUUGCAGGAGAUAAAUUCUGGGAUCUUGAAGCUGCAUAUGGUCGAGUUGAUGGAGUUGUCAAAACUGCUGCAGGUUUUUGUGGUGGAAGGAUCCGUAAACCUUCAUACAGAGAGGUUUGUGAAGGAAAAAGUGGCCACACUGAAGCCGUGAAAGUAACGUAUGACAAGAGGAAAAUCGCGUAUGGAUUUCUCUGUGACAUGUUCUGGGAAACUCAUGAUCCAACCAAUAAGGACUUUUUGAAUUUUGGAUUAGGUACGCAUUAUAGGUCAGCUAUAUUUCACGCAACAGAUCAAGAGAGGAAAGAAGCACAACAGUCAAAGAUCAGAAGGCAGAUGAAGCUUAACAGACGGAUUGUAACAAAGAUCAUUCCAUACUCGGGUGAAUUCUAUCUGGCUGAGAAUCAUCAUCAGAAGUACCAUCUGCAGAAGCAUUGCUGGCUUUGCGAAAGCUUGAGCCUUCGAAGCACUUGCAACUUUGUAGAGUCCCAGAUUGCUUGCAAACUAAACGGAGUCUUGGCGAUGGAAGGGAAAUUCAUCAUUGAUGAACUGGGAAGAGUUGCAGAAAGUUAUCAGUUGCCAAAGCAGAGCAUUUCAGCAUGUGAAGAGAUCAUAGGGAGCAUAAAAAGAAACCUCGACGAAAAUAUUCACAAAUCAACCAUUGUUUCUUAGAGGGAAAAGAUUUGUGCGUUCCCAGUUAGUUCAAAAUUCAGGCAUCGAUACAAAAACAGAAAUCUGUGAAGAAAUAUCUGCACCCUCCUUGCAAUUGAUUCUUUGUCUCUUACUCAUGAAAUCCAUUGCUCCCGUAUUGUCCA